AUGCUUGUUUUGAAAAGCGCUCGGGGGCGAUCCCGAGGCACUCUGGAGGCCACAGCGGUGCAGCUUCGUGCACCCUGUCCUGGCUGGACCGCGGAAACCUUUGACUGUUGGAAAGCCGGCUUGCGUGAGGGCGGAAGUGCUGCGUUUACGGAUGCCUUGGUAAGGGCGGAAGUCGAUGUCCCAGCGGAAGUGGCGCCUGCAAGGGCGGAAAGCAGUGCGGCCGGGGUCCUAGCUGGGGUCCGUCCCGGCUGGGCCGCCGCUAUGGAACUCAGCGCAGACUACCUCCGAGAGAAGCUGCAGCGGGACUUGGAGGCGGAGCACGUGGAGGUGGAGGACACGACUCUCAACCGCUGCUCGUCCAGCUUCCGAGUCCUGGUGGUGUCGACCAAGUUCGAGGGGAAGCCGCUGCUUCAGAGACACCGGCUGGUGAACACGUGCCUAGCCGAAGAGCUCCCGCACAUCCAUGCCUUUGAGCAGAAAACCCUGACUCCAGAGCAGUGGGCUCGUGAGCGGCAGAAAUGAGGGACCAGCACCAGCACAGCCAUUAAAUUAUGAAUCACAGCCAGCUUCUGUGUCAGCAUGUUGUCUGUGGGAGGAUGGGAGGGAUGCUGAGCCUAGGGCCCAGCUUUUCCCUGCCCUGCCACUGUCAUUGUGUUACCUUGCGCAUGUCCCUCUCCGCAUGUAAAAUGAGUGUUCCCACUUGUAAAAUGAAAGUUCUAUCCU